GUUUUGUGCAAAAAAUUGACGAAUGGUCUCGAUUUUCGCCAAAACUUGCCAAGUUCUCACUUUAUUAAAUGACAAAAAUGGUCUCGUUUUUUUGAAAAAAUUGUGAAAAUGGAUCACUUCUUUGCGAAUAUUUAAUUGCUAAAAAGUCCUGGUUUUGAUGAAAUUGUCAAAGUCACGAUCGAAUUUCAUUAUUAGAUUUUAAUCGAAUGCUUUUUUUCGUAAUUUUUAUUUUGCAAUAACGUUACUUACGUACCUAGUUGAAAUGUUUUGGGUUUUUCAAUGUCUUGCUCGCGUUUUGCAUUUUUUUGGUUCACUUUUUGGCCACUUUUUCUCCCUUUUUUGAUCAGUAAAGUUGAUUUUUUGGAGAAAAAUUGAGCACGAGACCUGAAAGUGUUAUUGAAAAAAUAUUUUCUGUCAAGAAGGUUAGUUGAAAAAUUUUCAUUUGAAAUAUUGUAAUUUUUUUUUUUUUUUUUGAAGGUUACAAGUGAUGUGGUGAUGAAAAUUUAGUCAUGGGGCUUUUAGAACUCGAGGACCAACUUCCGAAAAGUUAAUUUCAAAAUCUGAAUAGGUUGGCAGGGGCGAUUCACCCUUCUCAUCCCACUAUGCUCUUUCUAGUCUUGUACUCGUAUUCCAUGCAAUGUAGGUAGGUACCUAUAUUUUGUUCGGUAUCUUCACUUUUCCAAGUACAGUAUACACAUUUGCAUCUGGUUCUUUCUACGAAAUGAAUGCUCGGUACGAAAUUUACGUAGGUCUAGGUACGUGUAUGUCACGUACCUGUAAUUAUGGAUCUCGCAAAAUGAGAAACAGUACAGAGCUACGUAACAUAGAUAACAGCUGCGGCAACAUACAUUCAGUAUGUUUAUAAAGUUCCGAUGUGCCGAACGUUUUGUGUAGAUAGAUUUGGCUGAACCUAUUACACGUUUAAUUGCAAUUCAAUGGAAAUGAAUCAUCUAAUGAAUUUUUGCUGCUAAACGUUAAAAUCGUCGAUAUUUUCGGCUCCUUUGUUCCUAUUCUGUCGUUUAGUAUCGAUCCUCGUUCAUGUUAUGUUUUUACAUACGAGGUGAUAAACAUUCCGAUAUGUGUGCCUUCCAUAAAAGGAGUAGAUCUCAGUAUUUUUUUGUGGCCUUAUUAUGGCUAGUAGGACUGCUCACUUUUUUACAAUGGAGGUGUCUGAUCUCGCAUAACCAUCGCAGCUUCUCUAGUCGUCUGGGAUUCGUAGAUACCAACAUCAAGGGUUGGGAACCGGGUAAUAUCGAACCAACUGCGUAUUUCAUCCAUCCGACCAAACAAACGGCCAUUUUGACGGGUAAAUUCACAUGUCGAAAGAAUCCUGUGGCCAAAGCGACCAUCGUAGUGCAUUCGGAAGCGCAAAAUCACGAACAAAGAUUAGCUAUUCGUAAUACUUGGGCUAUGGACACGUUAACCAAUCACAAUAUUAGCGUAGUUUUCUUCCUGGGAUUAUCUGAAGAAGAACAUGUGAACGAUCGAGUUCGUACCGAGAAUCAAGAAUUCAACGAUGUCAUCGUCGAGAACUUCUUGGAUACUCCUCAAAAUGCUACUCUCAAAUCGGUCAUGAUGUUGAAAUGGGUCACCGAAACUUGCGACGUGAUGAACUGGAUCAUGAAAGUUAACGACGAUGUAUUUGUGAAUGUUCCCAAUUUCGCUAAAUUACUCAACGAUACGUCUUUUCCAAAACGUGGAGCUUUGUAUGGAGCAUUAAGAUCUAAGGAACCGGUUCAACGAGAUACUUAUCACGAAAGGUUCAUGCCAAAAUACAUGUACCCUUAUCAAGUAUAUCCAGAUUAUCUCGGUGGAGCUGGGUACCUGAUGUCUGUCGAUGUUGCAAAAGGACUCUACGAAAAAGCUCUGAAAACUUCUUAUAUUCAUUUAGAAGAUGUUUUUGUGACAGGGCUUUGUGCUGAGUCCGCCAAUAUCAAGAGAUCGUACGAUUUUCGAUUUUAUUAUCUUGAAGGUUCCAGUCCGAAUCAUAAAUUUGACUGCACCGUACUCUACCAGAAAAGUUUGAUCGUUCACAGUCGUCAUUUGAGUCCGCUUCUCAUGUUCGAGAAUUUUGACCAAUAUAAAAAAUGUUUUACUUGAGAGUGAUGGUUUUAUUGAAACUCAAUUUUUCGCAAAUUGGUGUCUUUUUGUGUAAAUUUUUUUGCUCGUCAGUUUUUAGGUGUUCAUUUUAGGAGCCAGGAGGAGGGAAGGGGACGAUUUUUGUGUGGGAAGGGAUCACUCGCAAGAUUCGUUCUGAAGCUCCGAAAGUCAAUUUUUAUCAUUUUUACGCAUGUUUGAUAUUUUUGUUUUCAUUUUUCCAUUUUUUGUUUUUUUUUUAUUUUUUUUUACUGAAUUAUGAGAACAUCCAGCUCAACCGGAAAUAUUUCAACAAAAUUCAUUUAAAUUUAGUAUUUUUAGACUUGUGGGUGGGAAUGACCCCACUCCAAAAUUUACCUGUGUCCAAAUUUGAUGAGAAAAGGGAAAG